AUGCUCAGAGAGGAGCAAGCUGGCUUCAGGAAAGAAUGCUGGAAAACCACAGAAGGCGACCUGCACAAACUCUCCACAUUUCAUACAACAUCCCUGCGCAAAAUCCUACACAUCUACUGGCCCAAAACCAUCUCCAACAAGAAGCUACUCAACAUAACCCAGCAAGAAGAUAUGCAAUACACCUUCAGGAAGCGAAGAUGGACCUGGAUCGGCCAUCAGUUUCUAAAAUGUUUUUGUUUCGUUUCCUUUUCUUUAGAGCCAGUCCACAUCAUCGCAUACGAGGGAGAGUCGGUGACUUUACCAUCGGGCAGGAACUCGUCCUGGAACCUCAGCCGCAUCCAGUGGUCCAUAUUCAACAACAUAACGUUCAUAGCCACCCUCAGAAGCGGCGAACGGAAUACCAACCACUUCGAGAGGUACAGGGGCCGACUGACCCUCGACACCACCACCGGAGACCUUCACAUGAGCGGCCUGAGAGGAGACGACUCCAGGCUGUAUUCGGUUCUCCUGAUGGCAGGCGACGGACAGGAAAACCACGAGGUCAACCUUGAAGUUCGAGAACAACUACCUGUGCCACAUUUAACCAUCAAGGUGGCCACGGUACACGAUGGGCAUUGCAGGGCUGAGGUGAGGUGCGACCCACGGCGGGCUGGUCUUAGCAUCUCAUGGCAGUCAACGAACUCUACAACCAAAUACUAUCAACGAUUGGAUGGCAACGAUUCAGUCCUGUAUGCGGAGGUACAAGAAUACAGCACAGGAAACUUUACCUGUUUUCUCAGCGAUGGCUUACGUCAUAAAAAAAACACAACAGCGGGACCAUGUCAAUUAAAAGAGCGUCAUCAUCACUACAUCACUGCAUGUUUGCUGAGUUUGGGGCCUGGACUUAUUUUUCUAGUAUACAGAUUACAGAAGAUAUCAGGAGGUUACAGCACCUCUUGAUAUGGCGAUGAGGAGGGGGGGCCCACAAGCUGUCGGGAAAAGUUUACCUUGUCGUACAACGUCUGGGGCUGAAAAGGCAAAG